AUGUCCUUGAGACAAAAAGAAGAAGGAGACCUUAAUUGGAGGAUGGAUAUCCAUUGUUGCUUUUGUAAAAGGGCAACUAAAUUGAAAGACCUCUUACCUUUUAAUAUUAACAACAAAUGUGCUAAACCAAUGCUUGUAAAAAGAACAAAAACAAAUUCCCCUGAAAUAAAGAAGAAUGUUUAUGCUAAUAGACCAACCUAUAACCUAGGAAGAAGUUUUAUAACCAAAGAGGAGAAUCAAAGAGAAUAUGAAGAAACAGCACGAAGCAAACACUGCACACCAAUAUGUCAAUAUUUUGAUUACAAGAAACUGAAAGAUGAAGAAAUACACAUAUUCAAUGUUAACACAACCAUGAUUCAUGACCGAAAAUAUUGUUCUCAUGGAGCAGUGAAAUAUGAUGAAGCAGGAAUUGAAUAUUCAAUUUGUACCUGCUAUAGAGAGACAAGUAAAUAUUGUGCUGAAUAUAAACAUGCAACAAACCCCUGUAAGUGUAAACCUGAAGUAUUUUGGGAAAUAAGAUUUUUUGCUGGAAAAAAGUGUAGAUGGGUACAAUGUGAACACCAUCUAGAAUAUAUGCAUUGUGAACACUUAUAUUGUUGGAAACAUAAACAAUAUAUCUUUAACAAAUACACCAAAUGCUUAAAAUGUAAAGAUGAAUUGGGAAUAACUGGUAAUGAGUAUUGGGAAAAAUUAGUAAUUAAUAUUAUAGAAUUUAAAAAGAAAAUGAAAUUAAUAGGAGGACACAAAAGAGUAGUAUUUGAAGAAACAAAAGAAGAAAAAGAAUUACGAGAACAACAGGAGAAAGAGUUUAAAGAAAAGCAAGAAUUACAAAAAUAA